UGAUUCAGGUUCAUGAUUGCACGCACAUUGAGUCUCAUAACCUUCUUCAAAGGUCUCAUUGACAAGUAUAAAUCCAACAAUGAAUAAAGUAAAUAAAUUGCUAAAUAUAAAUAAUGAAAUCCCCAUACUUUCGCCUAAGUCUCUACAUACACAAUUGCAAAUUCUCUUCUCAGAGAAAAAAAAAUCAACCGAGAGUCCAAGAUUGCGUGAAUUUCGGGAAAAGCUGAGGGAACGAACACCCAUAGAAAGAUUAGAGGAACUGGACACACAUCCUCAUCAAGAGAAGGAACCAUUGAAACCAUUUCCAAACAAUACUAAUCCAGAAACAGGUGAAGUAGGAGGUCCACGUGGACCAGAACCAACGAGAUAUGGAGAUUGGGAAAGAAAAGGUCGAGUGACAGACUUCUAGAUACUUCAAAGAAACAUAAUGCUAAUAGGAUACAUUAAUAUAAAUAUGUACAUCAAUAAGCCAGUGUAGUAGUAGAAUUGUUUUAAGAUACACUGUACAUAAAAACAAUAAAUAUGUAAAUGAAAAA